UCAUUAGAGGGAGCUGUCGGCCGGAGGGAGCCGCGCUUGCUGCAGUGUGAGAUCCGCUUCUGCCUCUUGCAGCCGCUGCUUCCUCAGGAGCGAGCGAGAGGCGAGAAGUCACGGCGGAGACUCGGCCCGGCUGCGGGGGUGGUAGGCAGCGCGAGCCGCCGGCGGCAUGAAUCCCUCGGGCCCCCGCGCGCCUACCCCGGGGACAGAGCCAGCCAGGCGGAGGCCGCUGCAAGGGGAGUAGAGCGGCCGGCGCGGGGCGCUCCUGGCCCGUUACCCAGGGCCCGGCCAGUCACCUCCGGGUCCAUGAGACCGCCGAGCCGCCUCUGCCUCCCGCCGCCGUCAACCGCGACACGCGCCGCAGCCUCCCGCCGCGGCCUCCUCUGUGCCCCUGCGCCGCAGGAGGAAGAGCCCACAUACUCUGGUGUGAAGAGAAUGGCUGUGACUUUAGAACAGGCCCAGAGGGUGGGCUAUACAUUUCUGAAAGGACUCCUGAGGUUCGGCUUCAUGGUUGCCAAUAACCUGGUUGCUAUUCCAUCCUACAUCUUGUAUUUAAUUAUACUGCAGCCUCUUCGACUGUCGGAUAAUAAGCGGUUCUGGUAUAUCGAAGGAGUAUUAUUUAAAUGGCUUUUAGCUAUGGUGGCUUCCUGGGGCUGGUGGGCAGGAUAUACAGAAAACGCACUGAUUCGGCUACAAGAGCUGAAGUCCCUGUGAUAAUGGGCCUUUGGUACCUUGUCAUGCGUCUUUUCAAGAUGCACAUGUUCUGUGGACAUUCUAGGUGAGCUUCUGGUUCUUCUUGAGGAGGUGGUGGCGGCAGCAAAAUUACUUUCCAGUUUGUGGUGCUAGAACUGUCACAAACAUUGCACUGCUUCAGAACUGUCUUGCCUGGUACAGCGUGAGCUUUUCCAGAUGUGCUAGUCUUUUAAUCUCUUAUGUUUACAUUUGCUCAUUAAAAGAAGUCUGCAUGGUAUUUGCAGUGGCAGGUGCUUUUUAGAUGUCCACUUCAGUCUCUCAACACAAUAAAGGAAAGCUCUUCCAACAGGAAAAGAGGGACCUUUAUACUGUUGAAUGUAUGUGAUAAUUGGAUAUGUGAAAGUUAUCAGCAUAAUGGUAAGGUAAAAUUCAUUCAGCAUAUGACCCUGGGGAUGGUAUGUGCAGAUUGAAAACGCUAGUUAAAAUUCAAGCUAUCGUCCCAUGACUCUAUGACUGUCAGUGAAUUUUGAAGGCAGUUUCUUUGGGAUCUAUUCCCUGCUGACUGCAGAACUGUGUGAUUUCUUUUGCCUCUUGCAUGGAAAGCGGUUUCGACAUGA